UAAAAGUUAUAUAUUUUGAUUGAUCAACACCGGAUAUCUCAUCCACCACACAGCUCCAGUCAACAGGCAUGGUCCCUGGACUUGUUUCCAACACUCGAAGCACACCGCGGGAAAUUGUAGCUUUCUUCGGGAGAGCUACAGGUUAGUGCUUCACCAUGGGCCGGCUAUCGUCAAAAGGCUACAUCAAGCUGCACGCUCUCUUCCAGUUCGCCCUCGCUAUCUACCUCACUCGCUACAAGGAAGUCAUCUCGGACUGCGACCUCGUAUACAAUGUUAAUGAUGUUAUUCGGAUCGAUGCGACACCGACGUUUGCCCGUCCUCGCUCUCCGUUUGCCUACUGCGGCGUUAUCCUGCUUGUCUUCGCUCUUUUCGACCUAAUAUUAACCAUACGGCUACCUUUAAUCAACCAACUAAUCUCUAUAACGAGGCGCCUUUUCGAUUCCCGAUUAGCAAAUAGCUCCGGCCGCUCCCGCACUUCCCGCACCUCCCGCACCUCUCCCUCCUCCCCCUCUUCCCCAGCAUUAUCCACCGCCAAAAAGAUGCUCAGAAUCUACAACUCCAUCUUUACGCAUAUGUGCAUCCUUCUUGCCGUAACCAGAUGCCUAGUUUUCUCCAUCAUAUCAAUACGAAUCUACGCUUCUGCGACUGAUAUUUGGGUGCCGGCUGCUGCUGCCUCCGGGAUGCAGGAUACCGCUGCGCUAGACGCGAAAGCCAUCCAUAUGAAAAACAAGGUGGUGCUGGGAUAUGCGGUGAUAGAGAUGAUGAUUUCCUCUUCUACACUCCUCUCCCUCAAAGAUGAGCGCCGCCAAGUGGACUCAGUCCUAUUAUUCGGACCCCUCCUCCCUUCACGAUUUCUAUAAGAAUAGUUUUAUACAUAUGGCGGUUUCGUGUCGUAAUGCGACCACACACUACCGAUAGGUACAUAAUGGGGACCUUGUUUAGUCAACCGACGAAGGACGAAGUAAACUGAGGAGGUUUUUCUUGCCUGCAGCGCAGAAUAUUUUCCACUUCUCUGGCUGGAGAGUUUGGGGUACAGUACAAAGAGAAAAAAGCCGAGUCCCGAAACAAGGGGUUUCUUCUAUUUCACUCGUAUACCCCUUUGGGUUUUUUUUUUUUUUUUUUUUUUUUUUUUUUUUUUUUUUUUUUUUUUUUUUUUCUUUCUUCUUUCUUUUUGCUUUCUUCUUUUCUUUCUUUUAAAUGUGUGCCUGUUCCUUUUGGGUUUUUCCUGUCUCAUUUUCAAAGAGAAAGAAAGGCUUUGGAAGAAAGCUAUGUACAUGUACUGUACAUUGUGGUUCUGUGUCACCCAACAAAAAAUGAAACGAAGCGAUUCAUAGCAUAGGAUGUUAAUAAGGUUGUUGGGGGAGCAUUUGCGUAAAAUAGAUUAUUUAGGUAAUAAUGUAUUUUUAGGCGGUUCAGGUUUUAUCCUUCUUGUCUAAAAAAAAAAAAAAAAAAAAGAAAAAAAGAAAAAGAAAAAAAGAAAAAGAAAAAAGAAAAACAGUCAUUAUUGAUAUCCGUACUCAUACUGCUUUUCCUCCAAGCUUUUAGUUUUUAUUCUCCAUUUGUUUAUGUUCAACAUGUUCAGCACACUGAUUUCUGAAAGAGAAAAUUGAACUGAAGUACUCUGCCGCCCCAUCAAUGGUCAGGUGAAAAACUAAAGCUUGUUGCUCUUUAUCAGAUAAUAACAAGCGUUCUAUGUAAUACUCAAUUCAAUCCACCAAUUUUAGUUCUUGAUAUAUAACGACUGUGGCAGAGCCUCACACUCUCACGGUAACCACCCACCCACCUACAUA